CGGGUCACAGGGCGAGGAGGCGGGGCAGCCCUGGCCACCCACCUCCUCCUCCUGGACCAGAAAGUGGCUCUCUCCCUGGGAAGGGACUCCGCCGAGCACAGAGCAGGUGGGCAAAGGUGGAAGAGGAGGGCCAAGAGGACUCAGGCUGCAGACUCGAGAGACAAAGCGACUUGUCCAAGGGCACCGCAUGAGUCUAGGUGGGCUGAAAUUUGAACCUGCAUAUCUGGGGCCAAGUGCAAGCCAACCAGUUCCUGCUUCAGCAACAGGAGGAUUUCACCCCCUGAGGACCAGGCUGAAACAUUUGGAGGCUGCUGCAGUGCAAAGGGAGAGUAUUAUAGCCUGACCACCUUACUCUGGUUGGCAGGGAAGAUCUCUGCUUCUCCUUGCCCCCCUCCUGGCUGGGGAGGCAGGCAAUGGCACACUCAGGACAGCUUGCCUUCCUUCUGACAGUGUCUCUCCAGUCCUUCUUACAGAUUGCAUUGGCUCAAGACAACUCAAACAACACUACAGUGGGAGCCCCGACAACGUCCUCCACACAUUCUUACAGCCUUUCGAGUUCUGAAUUGGCGGCAGCCAUAGCCGUGCCCUGUGUCUUUGGAGGCCUCCUGCUGAUUGGCCUUCUGGUUUUCAUAGGACUCAAAGUCCGUGAGAAGCGUCAGACGGAAGGCACCUACCGGCCCAGCAGUGAGGAGCAGGCAGGUCCCCGUGUGGAGGCAAACAGCAAUCUCAAGCUGCCCCCAGAAGAGCGACUCAUCUGAGAUGGGGAAAGGACUCUGCUCGUGGGCCCUUUUGGGAAGAAGCCCAAAAGGCCCCUUUUGGGAAGGAGCUGUUCAGCAUAAAAAAAGAAAGGAAAGCAAGCAUAAAAUGGACCUUCUGCAGUUGUGCCUGAGCCUCUUGAUGCAUCCCUCAGCAUUACAAGCAGGCUGGAUGUGAACUGCGAAUGGGAGAGGUCGAAAAUGUCGUAACAAGGGCUUUGAGGAUCCUCUGGUGUUGACAUAACAGUGAUGGGGAGAAAGGCAGCCUGUUUGGAGGCCUCCCUGCUCACACAGAAGAGAAAGGAUGCUUCUCCCUCUUCAUGGGAUGCCAGUUCUCCAGAGCUGUUUCUUUUGUCCGUCCUGUCCAUAAGAAUGAACUUCUAGAGGGGAUUGUUACUGCACCUGAUACUUUUGUAUGAAAAGGAAAGCAAUAGCUGAGACUGCUAUUGGGUUUUAAGCAGGGCUUGGAAAAGAUAAGUCCCUGGUCAGUACAGAUAUUGAGGGAAUGCUGAUUGUUGUCGUCAGGAAAAAAGUAACUUCCCCCAAGCUCCGGUUUUAAGGGGCCCUACCCUAUGGGAUUAGGGAUAGGGCUGACUGUUUGUUUUUAUGAGAAAGAGUGUACUUUGCAUUGUGCCUUUUAAAUAUGCCACUAUUUAAUAAAGACUCAUCUCACUUC